AUGAAUAAUGAAGUUAAAUUUAAAGGAUAAUUUAUACUUGCUGAUGAUGUUACAUAAAUAGGAACUGAGAAUCCACAAUAAAAAUUAUAUGCUUUGUAUAACAAAUAUAUAUUUAGAGUUCAUUUAAGCCCCAAGAAAGAAUCUAAAGAAGGGAAUGCCUAUUCAUCCCCAACUAGAAACUCAGAAGGCUAUAUGGAUGCUGAAGAAUAUCGUAUUAUAUAUAUAUAUAAAUAGAAAAAGAGAAGGAAUAACAAUACCUUUUGAAUAGUAAAGAUAAUAAGAAGACACGAAGUCAAUUAGUGGUUAAGAAUUAAGGAUCAGAGCCUUAGUCAUUGAGAAAGACCCUAACCCCAUGA